AUGGAACACUGGAUCAAGUCGCGCAUACACCAACGAAGAAUGGGGAAUACACCAACCAAGCAUCAGCUAGAUGAGUACCUAAACGCCGGACGCUUUUAUAGAGAAAGCCAUAAUUUUCAACAGGCAGUUGAAAACUUUCAACGAGCCUUGAUAUUAGCCAAGGAACUGGAGGACGGAACGACAGAAUCCUUGGGAAACAUUGAGUUAGGGCAUGCAUAUAAACGGGACAAUCGGAUUCAAACGGCAACGGAAUACUAUGAAAAAGCCCUGGAAAUUGCAAAAGAACGAGAAUACAAACUGCUGGAAACAUGCGCGUACCUUGAGUUAGGAGAAGCUUAUAGAUUGAACAAUGAGAUUCAAAAGGCAAUGGAACACUGUGAAAAAGCCUUGGAAAUUGCAAAAGAACAAGGAUAUAAACAGCAGGAAACACGCGCAUACCUUGGGUUAGGAGAAACGUAUAAAUUGAACAAUCAGAUUCAAAAGGGAAUGGAAUGCUAUGAAAAAACCUUGGAAAUUGCCAAAGAACGAGGAUAUAAACACGCGGAAACACGCGCAUACCUUGAGUUAGGAGAAACCUAUAUAUUGAACAAUCAAAUUCAAAAGGGUUUGGAAUACUACGAAAAAACCUUGGAAAUUUCAAAAGAACGAGGAUAUAAAUACGAGGAAACUUGCGCAUACCUUGGGUUAGGAGAAGCUUAUAAAUUGAACAAUCAGAUUCAAAAGGCAAUGGAAUACUAUGAAAAAGCCUUGGAAAUUGCCAAAGAACGAGGAUAUAAACAGGAGGAAACACACGCCUACCUUGGGUUAGGAGAAGCUUAUAAAUUGAACAAUCAGAUUCAAAAGGCAACGGAAUGCUAUGAAAAAGCCUUGGAAAUUGCAAAAGGAAAAGGAUAUAAACUAGAGGAAACGCACACCUACCUUGGGUUAGGAGAUGCUUAUAGAUUGAACAAUCAGAUUCAAAAGACAAUGGAAUACUAUGGAAAAAGCCUUGGAAAUUGCAAAAGAACGAGGAUAUAA